AUGUCCGCCGCCUCCACGUCGCCCGGCCCAAUCAGAGCCCUCCACGUCACCCCGCCGCCGCUCUCCUCCAACCGGCGCGCGCCACCUCGCCUCCUCUCUCCUCCCACCCGCGCCGCGGCCCGCGGGGCCCGAAGCCGGCCCGCCGAGCCCAUCCAGCGCCGCCCCGAGCCGUCCCUCGCCGUCGCUUUUGCUCUGCCGCGCCUGGCUCCCGCGCCCUCCGCCCGUUCGCCGACCCCCGCCGCCGAGCGCUUCCGCCCGUGCCCAGCCGCCUCCGCCCGCCGGCGCCCCGUCCUCCCUCGCCGGACCCCGCCGCCCCGCAUCUCCGGCGCCGUCCCUGCUCCUCCCCGACGUCCCCGCGCCUCAUCGCCGGCGCCGCCCUCCUCGCCGGAGUUCACCGGCCGGAUCCGGUGGAUCGGGACGAGAUCCACCGGGAUCUCAUCCAAACGGCGCACCUCGUCCUGGAUCCCUUCGUCCCGCACGCCUCCGUCCCGCGUUGACUUUCGCGGAGGUUAA